UGAAUAUGUGGUCAAACAAUCUCUCUGGGUCAAUAAAUGACCAUAUGUUUUACUCGUUGGCAAACUAGUGAACAAUAUUUUUGGUCCAAAAUCUCAUUUCAUUGCAUUUUCCUCUUAUCUCAAUUUUUUUAUUUAAUUCACGAAAAAAACAACAACUAUAUACUUUAUAGUUUCUUCCAUGUGAUUCGAACCAGUCCCUUCGCAUCAACACGCAUUUUUCGAUUUUUCCUCCAAAAUUCAGCUCCACCGUCACCGCCACCAUGAACCCGCCUGAGUUUCCCUCCGGCGGAACCUCAACGCCGUCUCCGAAGAAAGAUGUCCAGCUCCAAGGGCCACGCCCGCCGCCUCUUAGAGUCAGCAAAGAGUCUCACAAGAUCCGCAAGCCGCCGCUUCCUCCCGGCGCCUACCACCAACCGACGGCGGACCCAUCCCAGCACCGGCAGCCGAUGAUAAUCUACUCCGUCUCCCCCAAAGUCCUCCACGUUGACGUCGACGACUUCAUGAACGUAGUCCAGCGCCUCACCGGACCCUCCACCGGCGACAACGAAAACGCUCCCCCAUCCGGUGGCGAUAUCUCGCCAGCGGCGAGACUCGCGUCCAUCGAGAAAACAAGCCCGUCGGAGAGGGAAAGAGCUCAAAGUCAAAGCGGAAAUGAUGAUGACUUGACGUGGUUGUUAGAAGGAGUGGAAAUGGGUCAGUUCCACGGUGUGUUAUCGCCGGCGCCGGCGACACUUCCGCCGAUUCCGUCGGGGUUUUUCUCACCUGUGGCGGACACGCAAACGACGUCGUAUUGGCAGGACAUGAGUCCGUAUUGGUCUGCGAACAGCUUCGUGGUGAGUCCGUCGGGUUUGCUUUCAGCCGCCGUGGUUUCUCCGCUGCCGUCGCCGAAUCUCUUCAAUAUCUUUGACUAAUAUUGUUUUUUUUUUUGGGGGCUUGGCUUUAAUUGAUGAUUGGUUUAGGAUGGUGGAAAAUUCAACAUUCACUGACUUUUGAAACAUAAGUUUUGUAACUAUAUUGAAGGCCCAUCAAUGUGUUUGGUCAGAACUGGCUCCAUUUAUUUAUUAGUCACGGUUUGCUCA